CGCCCGCGCCGCUCCGCCCGCGACCCCCGGGCACAGCCCGCCGGCCGUGAGGGCUGUGCCGCGCUGCCCCCCCACGCCCCGGGGCGCUAUGAGCCAUGAAGCCGCCCGGCAGCAACUCCCUGCGGCAGUCUGGCUGCGGCGACCGCCGCCGUCCCGCGCUCCUGCCGCUCCUCGGCCGCUUCGUCUCGCUGCUCCUGCUCCUCCAUGGCUCCUCCUGCCCCCGGGCCCGCGCGGCCGCAGCGGCCGCCGGCCUGCACUGGAAUGAAACAGCAAGCGGUACAGAGGAAGUACUGGUAGAUGAAGAGAGUACAUUUCAACAGAGUAACAGCAGUAACAGUAAAAAUAACAGCUACAGCAAUGCAAUCGAGAAAGAAAUCACACUGCCUUCAAGACUAAUCUAUUACAUCAACAGAGACUCUGAGACCCCUUACCAUAUCCUGGAUACCAGGGCAAGGCACCAGCAGAAACAUGACAAGGCUGUACAUCUGGCCCAGGCAAGUUUCCAGAUUGAGGCCUUUGGCUCUAAAUUCAUCCUUGACCUCACAUUGAAUAAUGACUUGUUAUCUUCCAAUUAUGUGGAGAUUCACUAUGAAGAUGGAAAGCCAAAAUUUUCUAAGGGGGGAGAGCAUUGUUACUACCAUGGAAAUAUCAGAGGUGUGAAACAUUCCAAAGUUGCUCUUUCAACUUGUAAUGGACUUCAUGGCAUGUUUGAAGACAGUACUUAUUUGUACUUGAUAGAACCAAUGGAUCUGACCCACACUGCAGAAAGUAAAAGUAGGCCACAUAUCAUCCAAAGAACUUACGGAACACAAGCCUCCAAGCAGUUGCAGGACCUUGAGACUGACUCCAGUUCUGAAUGGCCUUUUCUGUCUGAACUGCAGUGGCUGAGGAGAAGAAGAAGAAAGAGAGCAUUAUCUCGUGGUGUCUUUGAAGAAAUGAAAUAUCUGGAGCUCAUGAUAGUCAAUGACCAUAAAAUGUUCAAAAGGCACCGUUCUUCAACUGCAUACACAAACAAUUUUGCAAAGUCUGUGGUAAACCUUGUAGAUGCUAUAUACAAGGAACAGCUGAACACCAGGGUGGUUCUCGUUGCUGUGGAGACUUGGACAGACAGAGAUCGCAUUAAUAUUCGCCCUGACCCUCUGCAGAUGCUCCACGAUUUCUCCAAGUACCGGCAGCACUACAUCAAGCAGCACGCUGAUGCUGUGCACCUGCUCUCGAAUGUGACAUUUCAUUACAAAAGGAGCAGCUUAAGUUACUUUGGAGGUAUUUGCUCUGUGGCCAGAGGAGUAGGAGUGAAUGAGUAUGGCCUCCCUUUGCCCAUGGCACAGGAACUAGCACAGAGUCUUGCUCAGAAUCUUGGAAUACAAUGGGAGCCAGCUGCCAGGAAACCGAAGUGUGACUGCACUGAAUCCUGGGGUGGUUGCAUCAUGGAGGAAACAGGGGUAUACCAUUCCAGGAAAUUCUCCAAAUGCAGCAUUGCAGAAUACAAGGAAUUUUUACUUCGCGGGGGAGGUGCCUGUCUUUUUAACAGGCCAACAAAGCUCUUUGAAGCCACCGAGUGUGGAAAUGGUUAUGUAGAAGCAGGAGAAGAAUGUGAUUGUGGUUUCCGAAUGGAAUGCUAUGCAGACUGUUGUAAGAAGUGCUCUCUUUCUAAUGGAGCUCAUUGUAGUGAUGGACCCUGCUGUAAUACAUCGUGUCUUUUUUUCCCACGAGGUUAUGACUGUCGAUAUGCAGUGAAUGAGUGUGACAUUGCAGAGUUCUGCACUGGGGAUUCUGGACAGUGUCCACCAAAUCUUCAUAAACAAGAUGGGUAUGCCUGUGAUUCUAAUCAGGGUCGUUGCUAUAAUGGUGAAUGCAAGACAAGAGAUAAUCAGUGCAAAUAUAUCUGGGGAUCUAAGUCUUCAGGAUCUGACAAAUUUUGUUAUGAAAAGCUUAAUACAGAAGGCACAACGAAAGGAAACUGUGGAAAGGAUGGAGACCGAUGGAUUCAGUGCAGCAAACAUGAUGUUUUCUGUGGCUUUUUGCUCUGUACUAAUCUUACUAGAGUUCCACGAGUUGGUCAAGUUCAAGGAGAAAUUAUCCCAAAUUCUUUUUAUCAUCAAGGACGCAUAGUGGACUGCAGUGGUGCUCAUGUUCUUUUAGAUGAUGAUACGGAUUUAGGUUAUGUGGACGAUGGAGCUCCAUGUGGACCUCAGAUGAUGUGUCUGGACAAAAAGUGCCUGCCAAUUCAGUCCUUGAACAUAAGCAGCUGUCCCAUUGGUUCCAAUGGAAAAGUCUGUUCUGGUCAUGGGGUUUGUAGUAAUGAAGCCACUUGCAUUUGUAAUUUCUCCUGGGCUGGAACAGACUGCAGCAUUGAUGAUCCUGUCAGGGAUACUGGUGGCAAGAAGGAUGAAGGACCCAAGGGUCCUAGUGCCACCAAUCUUAUAAUAGGCUCCAUCGCUGGUGCCAUCCUGGUAGCAGCUAUUGUCCUUGGGGGGACAGGAUGGGGCUUUAAGUUAUCAGAUGUUCAUAUGAACAUACGGUACUGUGGUGUCAAGUCCAUAUCAAACAAAUGUCAAAAAACGAAGGUUCGAUCCAACUCAACAAGGCCCUAUCUGAAGAAAUGCCAUUCAAAAAGCUGCUUCUUGCACUACUGGAUUUUGGAUAUCAUGUCUUUGCUGUAGCUACACAGGAACUAAAUCAGUAUGGAAGAACAUGAGAACAGUAACAAUAAACAAAAAGUUGGGAUGUUGAGAUAAGUUGGAAAUACUUCCUCUAUUUACCUUUCUCUUGUUAACAUUAACUGACAAGUGAUAUGAGCAAACUGCUUCAAAAAAUCAGGUGUUUUUUUCCUUUUCUCAAAUUAAGAAGGAGACACACAGACCAAGUGCAAUAAGAGAACUGUUCCAAAAUAAUGGAAUUGCAAAAGAUUCUUUCCCAGCCUGCUGGCACUCUAACUUCACUUGAGUUCGCAUGACUUCCUUUUUCUUAUCAAACUCCAGUGGCAUGAGGAGCUAAUUUUGAAAGGGUAACCUGCAUGGCUCACAUACAAACAACCAAGUUAGCAAGCUGACCCCAAGCAGAAUCUGCAGCCCAAUAAAUACAAACCACUGGGAAGCCAGUGCCAGGUUUCAACAGCUUUUCCAGCCAUGCAGUGCAUUCUGCUGCUGGACUUGAGGGUUCCCUGCUCCAUGAGCUCACUGUCCACCUUGGACAGGAGCCUCUUGGGUAUGGAAGCUAGUGAAUGUUGGAUGGAAUUCUUCCAAGAAGGAAAAAGUGUAAAUAUGGAAAUAAGAUUUUGAUGUAUCAUUUUCACAGAUUAUAUAUAAAUAUAUAUAUAUAAGAGAGAAAAGAAUUUCCAUAUUAAAAGGUUCUAUUCUUUAUGUAAAUCUAUUUUUGAUGUUGGGUUUGGUUUUGGGUUUUUUUUCCUCCCCUUUUUUUCUGUAGCAUGUUGUACAGCAGAUGUUCUGGGCUUGCUCAAAAAAGGCAGAUAACAGCAUGCAGAUGCAGGGAGUUCUGACACCAAACAGAUGUGAUCUAAAGUUUGUAUGCUUGAAACCAAAAACAAUUAAAAUGUAUAAAUGCAUAUCUA